UCGCCCCUACCUGAUUCGAGCCCUAAUUUCCCGUCGAUUUCUCCCCCUCAAUCCCGAUCGCCGAUCGCCGAUCGCCUCCGUCCUUCCGCCGCCGGUCGCCGAUCGCCGAUCGCCGAUCGUCUCCGGAACUCGAGCUCGAACCGGAAUUCCCCCGGCCGGCCGACCGCCGACUCGGCGGACGAGAUUGAAACCUGGGACCGGGGUUUUCCCGAGCGGGCGUGCUUUAGAUUAGGGUUUUGAUUUGGGGCGGGGCCGGCGAUGGCGGUGCUGCUGGAGGACGUCUUGCGGUCCAUGGACCUGUGGCUGAAGCUGAUCAGGAAGCCCGAGCCCUACGUGGACCCGAACCUCGACCCGGUCCUCCUGGUGCCCGGGGUCGCCGGGUCGAUACUGCAGGCCGUGGACGGCGGCGGCGGCGGCAACGGCGGGGGCGAGAGGGUGUGGGUUCGGAUUUUCGGGGCAGAUUACAAGUUCCGGAACAAGCUCUGGUCCCGCUUCGAUCCGGCCACCGGUAAGACCGUUUCUUUAGAUCCUACAACAAACAUCGUGGUUCCUGAAGACAGAUAUGGACUGUUUGCAAUUGAUGUUUUGGACCCUGAUAUGGUCGUUGGCCGUGAUUGUGUGUCCUAUUUCCAUGACAUGAUAGUCGAAAUGAUCAAAUGGGGUUUUCAGGAAGGGAAGACAUUAUUUGGUUUUGGGUAUGAUUUCAGGCAAAGUAACAGGUUCCAAGAAACAUUGGAGCGUUUGGCUGCAAAGUUGGAAUCUGUAUAUAAUGCUGCGGGAGGGAAGAAGAUAACCAUUAUUAGUCACUCUAUGGGGGGUCUUUUAGUGAAGUGCUUUAUGUGCCUGCACAGUGAUAUUUUUGCAAAAUAUGUGAAGAAUUGGAUUGCUAUAGCUGCACCUUUUCAAGGUGCCCCCGGAUAUGUCACAUCUACCUUUCUGAAUGGGAUGUCAUUUGUGGAUGGUUGGGAGCAAAACUUUUUCAUUUCAAAGUGGAGCAUGCAUCAGCUGCUGAUUGAAUGCCCAUCGAUCUAUGAAUUGAUGGCAUGUCCAAACUUUAAGUGGCAACAUGACCCGGUGUUAGAGAUCUGGAGGAAGAAGCUUAAUGAUUGUGGUGAUAUCCAUAUGGUCCUUGAGUCUUACACCCCUUCUGAGAGUGUGAAUAUAUUCUCUGAAGCACUUUCAAGUAAUACGGUUGACUAUAAUGGUGAGAGCAUUCCCUUACCAUUUAACGAGGAAAUCUUGAAUUGGGCUCAUGAGACCCGCAGGAUUUUGUCUUGUGCUAAAGUUCCGCUUGGGGUGAAAUUCUACAAUAUAUAUGGGACCAAUCUGGAAACACCACACAGUGUUUGCUAUGGCAGUGAGGAGAUGCCUGUUACGGACGUGCAAGAACUUCAAUUUUACCUGCCCAAUUAUGUAUGUGUUGAUGGUGAUGGAACAGUUCCAACUGAAUCAGCUAAGGCAGAUGGGCUUGAUGCAGUUGCAAGAGUUGGAGUACCUGGGGAGCACCGGGGAAUUCUAUGCGAUCAUCAUGUUUUCCGCAUUCUGAAGCACUGGCUAAAUGCAGAUUCAGAUCCGUACUACAACCCGCUCAACGACUACGUGAUUCUACCCGCUGCGUUCGAGAUGGAAAGACACCACGAGAAGGGCAUGGAGGUGACUUCACUUAAAGAGGAGUGGGAAAUCAUUUCAAAAGAUGCCAAUGAUGACCAAGGAGAGAUCACCAUAAUGCCCUCGGUGAGCGCCAUUUCCGUCUCUCAAGAUGGAGGUCACCAAUCUUCUCGGGCCGAGGCUUGUGCCACUGUGAUCGUGGACCCCCAGAGUGAGGGUAAGCGACAUGUGGAGCUCAAUGCCUUGAGUGUGUCUGUCGACGCCUAAAUUUAGUUACUUGCAUUUUCUGAAAGAAAAGCCCGGAAUUGGGGUAGCGCUGUGUGUAUAGUAUAUCAGUCGUGUACAAAAUGUGCUGUCUUGUAAAUAUAAGUAUCACUGGUGGCAAUUGCCUUGAUGAAACAUAACGUUGAAAGAUCGUACUGGGGUUCGUAAUUGAAGACCCGUCAUGCAUUAAUGGAAAACAAAUGUACAUGUGCUAUUAGAA